GCAAAAUUCUUCGCUUCCGUGAAUUCCUGCCGCGGGGUCACGCCACCGCCCCACCGGGUCCACUUUGAGGGGUCGGCGUGAGUGAUGCCAAGCGUUUAAUCUGCCCGGUGACUUCCCAGUGUUUCCUGCAGGGGACCGAGCGAGAGAUAAGAACGCUCCACAGCGCGAGCAGGACUGCCUUCCCUUUGUCAGCCUCAUCCAUCAGGGCUUCCAGAGACCUCCUUCAAGGCCCCCCCCCGGUCCACGAACAUACCUCCGACAUCGUGGGACUAAUCCCACAACAUGUGUACCUAAUGAAGUGGCCAGUGAGUGUCCAUCCGUCGGGGAGUGUCGGGACCUGCGUGCGUUUCAUCGCAUACGAACAAAAGGAACGGUGAGAAGCUGCGGUGUGAAUUUGAACAGCACUUCCUGUCAGGACAGAGGAUGUUCCAACUGCCAAUGUUUGAUGGAUGCGGCAAACGGGAGCACAGGAAGUGGAGGCAGUUCGGCGUUGUGCAGGUCCGGGUUCUGCUGGGCCAGUCUCUUUCGCUCAUCCUUGGCCCAGACCAUGAAGGCGUUCAUGGGCCGGCGGAUCCUCGGCUCGCUCUUGCCGCGACUCUGGUUCCCCCCGCCGGCUGCCGCACCCCCGGAGGUGGCGGAGGAGGAGACGCAGGGCUCGCUCUUGACCUUGGGCUCCCCGAGGGGGCUGAGGGGGUCGGCCCACUGGCAGUGUCCCAUUCCAGGCAUCAUGACUGACAUCGCGCACCUUGCCUGGUUCUGAUCGUCGCUGGCGUAGCCCGCAUCGGGACUGCUCAUCUCUGUGCGGCGAGGAGGUUCGGAGGCUUACGGAAGAAGGCGGUGGUCGAUCUUGCGAUCUUGGAGAACACUUCCAUCUUGGCUGAAGGACCCUGGCAGUGGAAAAACAGCGAAAAUUGAAACUUUUGUGUAAAACCGCAAGUGUUGUACCAUGGAAAAGUGGAGGUUGGACAUUUUUUGGCCCCUCACAGUGAAAAACGGCAGCCGUCAUUAAAGGUGAACUCAUCAAGUCACCAAGCAGAUGGAGGAUGAGAUGAAAUCUGAGGUGUGAUCGCUUUGCUUUCCACCUUUCACCCCUCUUUGAGGCUAGUAUGUGGGAGGACCCCCGAGCGCUGCUGGGAAGAGCAAAGGGAAGCUGCAGGCGUCCGAGGGGGAAGUGAGCGGCUUCGGCGGUGACCGGGCUUGUCUUGUGGUCGCCGUGCACACGCGUUUACUUUCACUCUCUGCGUGGCAGGUCACAGCGUGGAUGCCCUGUUUCCUCCAGCGUGAGCAGGUGUAACGCGUGUUUUUAUGGCGAGAUUGAUGCUGGCUGACCCACAGGUGGAAACCCACAGGUUGUAAACACAGAGGGAGCCCUCCACUGGACCACACCGGUACUACACCUCAUCACAAGCACCUUUGACCUCAUCCUGACAUCACGGAACUUCCUGACUGUUUAUUAUUGCCAAGGGGGGCCAAGGUUGACCAAAACAAGGCCAAGUCGCACGUUGAGCUGCAAGGGUCGGCUGAGUCGGGCCUGUGAGGACCCGGACCCAAGUACUGUUCAAACUCGCUGCGGUCCAGAUCGUACAGCAUGUCCACCUGCACCUGCUCCAGGUAGAACUCCAGCGAGGGGCCCCCGUAGAACCUGGGUUCCGCCUGAUCUGCGUGAGUCCCGGCCUGCCCGGAGAACCCGUACUGGAGGUGUCCCUGCUGGUCCAAACACAGCGUUCCUUCCAUCCGGCACGAGGCCGUCACACGUCCACCACUUGACGCCAAAGGAGCGCUGCCCUGUCCAGAAAGGCUCGAACCAGGAAGCGGAAUGACGAACGACAAUGGAGGAUCUUCUUCUCCGCCAUGUUGACCACCCAGCCCGGGGCCAGGCCGAAGAAGAUCUGCCUUCUGUCCUUCCUCAUGGACAGCAUGUGGUACAGUUCAUCCUUGGAGAGGUCCGCCAGCACGUAGCCGUAUUUCUGCGCCAGGGCCAGCCGGGCCCGCCGGAUCUCCUCGGGGUCGGCUAAGUAGCCGCGGUUGUCGGCGUGGGUGUAGUAGGGCACCAUGUCCUCGCCUGGCAACAUCCUCCUCGGGAUGGGCUGACCUCGCAGAAAGAACGGGACCGGCUUGAUGAGGAUCCCUGUGGCGGAGGAAGAGGAAGUUGUCACUGCGGAUGCACGAGAUGAUGAGGCAGGAUUAUCCCCCAUGACUCGUUACCGAGGCUUAUUGGGUCGUAGAAACCGGUGGUGAUGACCCCGCCGUUCCUCUCGAUGGCAGCGAUGGCUUUCUCGGAGGCCCUCUGGACCUCUAUGUUGACUUUGGCUGCGAAAAUAUCAGCGCCCUGCGGGAGAACACAAAGAACGUUGAGGGGAGAGAAAACCAAGAUUCCCCAGCUUCACUGUUAUGUAGCGCCAUCUGCUGGCAGAAGGCCGUUACUUCAACUCAAUUUCAUUCAAUGGAACAAUUUAGGAAUUUUGGCAAGGAUUUUUCAGUGCAAAUAAAAAAAAAAAUCACAUUUUUAAAACAUAUUUAAUCUGGACCCCGUAGUCCCUCUUCAGCGGCUGCACCGUCACCCCCCGCCCGUUCACCAGCUGCGUCAGGUCGAUGGGCUGGGUCGGGUCCACCCUGCCCAGGUCAAUGAGGUACUGGAGGCGUCGCAGCGACAGCGGCUGGUACUGAGGACGGCGACUGGGGACGAGACGGCGACAGACCGCCGUGUGGAUUAGACGUCUGACAGCGGGAACGUCAUCUUUCUGCAUGGCCUCGGUGACACCGGGCAUGGAUGGGCAGAAGCCUUCGCUGGCAUCAGGAUACCCCACGUCAAGUACAUUUGUCCACACGCUCCCAACAUGCCCGUGUCCUUAAACAUGAGGAUGUCCAUGCCUUCCUGGUUUGAUAUUUAUGGCUUGAGUCCCGAAGCAGAAGAAGAUGAAGCUGGCAUUAAGAGCGCAUCCGCCCACAUUAAAGCCUUAAUAGACCAGGAAGUGAAGAACGGGAUUCCUUCCCACAGAAUAAUCCUGGGGGGAUUCUCACAGGGUGGGGCGUUGUCCCUCUACACCGCUCUGACCACUCAGCAGAAGCUGGCGGGCGUGGUCGCUCUCAGCUGCUGGCUUCCUCUACGCAAUUCCUUCCCGCAGGCGUCGGCCGGCAGCGCCAACAAGGACAUGCCCCUCCUCCAGUGCCACGGCGACGCCGACCCGCUCGUCCCCUUCUCGUUUGGGAGCCGCACCGCCGAGAAGAUGAAGAGCCUCAUCAACCCGGCCAACGUCACCUUCAAGUCGUACCACGGUCUACCUCACAGCGCCUGUCCUGAGGAAAUGGUGGACGUCAAACGCUUCAUCGAGAAGCAGCUCCCCGCCAUCAGCGACGAAUGAGCGUCUCCGUCUUUUUGUCUCCUUGAGUUUCAUCAGGACCUCCAGGAGCUUGACAGUUUCAAAUGAAAAAAGAAGAAGAGAAUCAACCCCCCCCCCCCCCCCCCCCCCCACACCGUCGAGCACCGCCGCGCCUUUAGAGGCAAACGGGAGCGCUUGAUGUUGAUGCGGCGCAUCCCGACACGGAGCGACACGUCCCGACUUGGAGCCAUGCGAUGGUCAAUGUUACGGUAGAGUGACGUUAGCUUGAUUGUUGAUGCUAAAAGCCAUUUCCUAGCUAAGGACUAACUAGGGCUACUACUGUUGUUUUUCUUCUUUAUGAUUACAUGUGGAAUAUUAAUAAUAGACAACUUUAUUUGUUACUAUUCACAAAUCAGACCACAGGAAGCCGCUUCUCGCUACCAUGUCUCACGUAUGCUAUCAUUUCAACGUUGUCUUAUUUACUUCUUGCUGUUAUGAAUCCUCCCUUUUGGGCCAAACGCAAACAUUGUAGGACAGUGAACGUUCAUGAACAAAUCAUGAAAAUACAUAUUUUCAAAGAAAACA